AUGUCGGACGUAGAAACCCCAUCUGUGGAGAGUGUGGGAACUCUACCCGAGGCACGGAAGACCAGACCCAGGCGGGAUACCGAGCAAACGAAAAGAAGAAAAAGUGCAACCCAGACGGUGAACCAGGGGAAGGCCGAGGAAAGGGCAAUUACUGAUUGGGAAAAGCCGAUGUUGGAGUUGAUCAAAGAGAUGAAAGAAGAUAAUCGAGUUAGAAACGAAGCGUUGGUGUUAAUGCAUCAGCAGGCGAACAAUAGGGCCGAAGAAUUAUUGGAACUGCACCGCCAGACUAACAAGGGAGGAAAAGCGCAUCCUGAAGGUCGAGGUAGCACUCCGAGGGAUCACAUCAGGCGGAAAGGAAUCGCAUCAUCCGAGGAAGGAACCAAUAUGAGGUCAUUUUUGGGAGUGGUCGAGCAGGAAUUUAGGGAAUCGGAGGUGCCCAUGGAAGAAUGGGGAGGUCUAUUAGGGAAAUAUCUGACAGGCAAAGCUAUGACGUUCUUGGCGUUCCUGAAACAGCCGGGAGUGUAUAUGACGGAUUGGAAGGAAGUACGGGAUAGGCUGUGUGAGAGAUUCUGCUCGCUGUCACGUGAGAAGAUGAUUGAUCUGCUAGCCGAAAAUCAAUGGACUGGGGAUUACAGCGAGUAUAUCAACCGAUUCACGAAGGUGGUGGCUCAAGGAGAACGCGUACCUGGAGAGGAACUGGUAACGUUGUUUUUUACUCUGCUACCAUCUGAUAUAGGGGAGUUGAUCUCUUGCGAUGGGACCAAGACGUUUCACGACUGGCAGGAGGCCGCAACGGCUUUACGCAACUGGGCUAUGCCGCUAGAGGCGUGGCGCGCAAGGAGGAACAGAGGUGUGAAGGAGUUCACGGCACGUGGGAAGCGACGACCAGGAGCAGACCUGAUCUCGUUUGGGAGGACCGCACCAGCGAUAGGAAAGGGUGGCCCUCCCGACAAAGGAGGGGUUAGCCGCUCGGACACAAUCUGGACGAAUAGACGGGUGGAACGCGACUACCCCACGUGCGGAAGUGGGAGCGGGAAUCAAACGAUUAAACGAAAAGGCCUAGGCGUACAGGGAGACGUGCGCACUAGGCCAAAGCAACCGAUAGGUGACCCAAAGGACCAGGAUGCGAGCGAGCCUGGAGCUACCAACGUCUCCCCCAGCUGGAGAAAGGACGAGACCGGGGCGAGGAUGGAAGGCGAGAACAGCGGGAAGGGACGAGAGCGGAACCAAGUGCACCCGUGGAGGCCAGUAAGGCUAACGGACGGAAGAACCGAGGCAAACCCACGGAGGCACGCGAUGUUAGUGGGAGACAGCACGGGAACGGACAACGGAUGUGAAGUGAACGGAAGCGGAAGGGUGAAGACUAGCGGAACGGAUACGGAUACGCGUGAAGGAGAAAGCGAAAGGACGGCUGAAAGCGGAACCAAACACGAUAACGGAACGGUACCCACGGAAGGGCCAGCGGAGAAAGAGACGACCAACCCAGGUAACGGGGGAUGCGCGGAAGGGGAGCAGGUAUUGCCUUGGUGGAUGUGGUGGCAGGAAGGGGACGCAGAUAAAUGUACGCAGGAAUACCUGGGACCUCUAUGCGGAGUGGGCGAAACGGCGGUGCUAAAGCUUGAAAUUACCGGACGAGGAUACGAAGGGCUGCUCGAUACGGGAGCCUCACGGAGCUUCAUCCGUCCUGCAGUGGUGGAGCAACUGGGACUGAAGAUGCAAACCUUGCGAGAGGCAUUCUCCUUCACUGUAGCGAACGGUGCGAUCAUACAUAUCGAUAAGGAAGUACCGAGAUUGACUAUGCUAUGUGGAGGGGAGUGUUUCACAGGGAACUUCCUGGUAGGGCCCAUACCGUUCCCUAUCAUAUUGGGGAUAGAUUGGUUAGUGAACCACAAGGUCGCGUGGUAUUUCCAGUCAGACAAGAUUAGAACGUAUGUCAAUGGACGAUGGUGUGACUUGCCGGUUUUGCGGAGGGGAGGAGCAACGUCGACGCAAGAUAACACGACCCCCAAGGAACAGAUAAAAACCGCAGCGGACCGCGCCUAUGAGGAGUUGGCGGCACAAGUAGCCAAGAUGUCGGUAGAAGAGGCUAAGGCGCUUCUACGCCCUCCGCCUAAACGAUACAAGUCGAGACACAGAGCAGGAGAAAGGGUGCGAAUCAAGGAUAUACUUCAGAAGGCAAGGGAGGAUACUGCGAACUUGAAGGGGGCGCUUGAAGGCCUGCAUCUCGUCGUCGCACUACCAGCUACGGAACCAGAGCGGGUUGUGCGCGUACCAACCGAGCGGCAAGGGCCUCUACUGUAUGCACUGGUGGAAUACGCGAAGUCUCUUCCCAAUCGACAGGCUCAAACGCUCAAUGGGCCUGAGGAGUCCGCAGACACAACGCAGACGGAAGACGACGAAUCGCCCUGGCCCAGGGCACAGCUAUCCUUUACCGAAUUCGAUGCGUGGAUAACGGAUCUAGUGAAUACUCCCUACAAUCACGGCAGCAAUGCCGUGCUCGUUGUGAAGUGA